AUGACCAAGCGUCACAGCUACCGUCUACGUCAGAUCACCAGCUUAGCUUGGCCCUGCGUGACCAGCAACCUAAGCUUAGUUGACCUGCAAGAGAAGUACACCGGCCUGCAGCUUUUAGCCCAUUUAAUCGCUCAUUUUCACGUCGCAAAUACGGCAACCUUCCAGGUUUUCCAAUGUUUGGCUAAGGGGACUCACAACGAGACUAGGAAAAUCGUCAACCCGGCUCUUGACGUCUUGAUUCCAGCCUGGGUCAGACAAUUAGAGGAUCAGGUAGAGAGCAUGAAUUAA